AUGGAGAAGAGUCCCGGCGCGGCGCCGACAUCAUCUCCCGAGGAGGAGGUGGUGGCGGAGGGCCAUGCGCAUGCUGAGGAUGUGACGGAGCAGGAGGAGGAGGCCACGCCGGUGGUGCUCAAGAAGGGGCUGUGGACGGCAGCGGAGGACGCCAUGCUCAUGGACCACGUCCGGCACCACGGCGAGGGGAACUGGAACGCAGUGCAGAGGAUGACCGGCCUGCUUCGCUGCGGCAAGAGCUGCCGCCUGCGCUGGACCAACCACCUCCGCCCCAACCUCAAGAAGGGCUCCUUCUCCCCCGACGAAGAGCUCCUCAUCGCCCAGCUCCACGCGCAGCUCGGCAACAAGUGGGCGCGCAUGGCCGCGCAUCUGCCGGGGAGGACGGACAACGAGAUCAAGAACUACUGGAACACGAGGACCAAGCGCCGCCAGCGCGCCGGCCUGCCCGUGUACCCGCCGGAGGUGCAGCUCCACCUCGCCCUCUCCAAGCGCUGCCGCUACGACGACUUCUCGCCGCUGGCGUCCCCGCAGCUGUCGGGGACGACCAAUGUCCAGGCGCUGGGCGCCGCCGCGACGUCGGCCGGGUACGCCAGCUCCCGCCCGGCGCCGCUCGACGUGGCCCGCCAGCUCGCCGUGACGAACCAGCAGACGGUGCAGUUCCUCUCGCCGGCGCCCUUCUCGGCACCGUCGUCCCCGUGGGCGAAGCCGUUCGCCUGGAACGCGCAGUACUUCCAGCUCGCGCACUCGUCGCCCGUGUCCCCGUCCACGCCGACCGGGCCGAUGCACCCGGCCACGCCGGACCUGUCCCUCGGCUACGGCGUGCGCGGCGUCGCCGAGCAGAGCAGGCUCCCGACGCUCUCGCCAUCCCCUGGCCCCAGAGUGGAGCUCCCUUCAAACCAAUACGGCCAGCCGACGCCGCCGACCUCGGCCACCGCCGCCGCAGCCGGACAUGGAGGUGGUAUCGCGCUGCCGGAUCAUCAGAACGCGGCGAGCCUCGAGAAGAUGCUGCAGGAGCUGCAUGACGUCAUCAAGGUCGAUCCGCCGGCGCUGGUCCCGGCCAACGGCGGCGGCGGCGCUGCCCUGGAGCGGCAUGAUGGCGGAGUCCCAGAGAACAGGUUCAGCGGCGUGCAGCACAGGGUUGAGGACAACAUGGACACUCUGCUCGGCCUGGUGCACCCAGCACUCAGCGCGCCGGAGACGGUGCCGCCGGCUGCGGCCUCCAACCACUCCGGCUCGACCUCACAGCACAGCAGCGACGACCAGAACCCGUCCACCGUCGACCUUCACGUCGCCGGCGGCACCAGCUCGUCGGACCAGGACUGGGGCCUCGACGGCGUCUGCCAGUGGAGCAACAUGUCCAGGAUCUGCUGA